AUGCCUGACGCUGGCGACGUUGAGGACGGAUGUAGCAUUUUCCCAAUUUCGAGCUGGGCCGGGGCGCGGUUUCCCCGACGUUUCGGAGGCAGAAAGGCCGGCAGCGAAGCCGGCCUCGCCAAGCAUGGGGCCAUUGGCGUGACCCAGCCGCGACGCGUGGCCACUCUCUCGGUGGCGCGGCGAGUGGCCGAGGAGAUGGGCUGUUCGCUGGGGGGUGUCGUCGGCUACCAGGUCCGCUUCGACGACUGCACCUCCGAGGAUACUGCGAUCAAGUAUAUGACUGAUGGCUGCUUGUUGAGACAAAUAUUGGCAGACCCUCUCCUCAGCAAGUACAGUAUCAUCAUUUUGGAUGAAGCCCAUGAGCGGAGCCUCAGCACUGAUAUUUUAUUUGGUUUGCUGAAGAAACUAUUUCUAGAGAAGAAACCACUGGGCAGGAAGCGGGCCAUGAAACUGGUGGUGAUGUCAGCUACCCUGGAGGUAGACAAGCUCUCAGAGUUCUUUGGACAGUGUUCAGUGCUGCAUAUUCCAGGGAGAAAUUAUCCAGUCAAGGAGAUAUUCUGCAACCUGCUUGGCCCAAAGGAUACGGGAAGCUCUGCGUAUGUUACAGAGGCUAUAAAAGUGACAUUGGAUAUCCACUUAAAUGAACCAAGAGGAGACAUCUUGGUUUUUCUGACAGGUCAAGCUGAGAUAGAGAGAACUUGCGACUUACUUUUCCACAAAGCAGAAUCUAUAGAUUACCGAUAUGAAGUACAAGAUCGUUCUGUUGAAGGCCUGCUUAUCUUACCGUUGUAUGGGUCAAUGUCAACAGAUCAACAGAAACGAAUAUUUCUGCCAGCUCCUACAGGCAUUAGAAAAUGCGUGGUAUCGACAAACAUUGCUGCAACGUCUCUGACAAUUGAAGGAGUCAGGUACGUGGUAGAUAGUGGAUUUGUGAAGCAGUUGAAUCAUAACCCCCGAGUUGGCUUGGACAUACUGGAGGUGGUUCCCAUUUCAAAGAGUGAAGCAAUGCAACGAGCUGGCAGAGCUGGCAGGACAUCAUCUGGAAAAAGCUAUCGGCUAUACAACAAAGAAUUCUGGGAGCAGUGUAUGCCUGAUCACACAGUCCCAGAGAUCAAGAGAACCAGUCUGACAUCUGUAAUCCUGACCUUGAAGUGCCUUGCUGUGCAUGAUGUCAUAAGAUUUCCCUAUUUGGACUGCCCUGAAGAGAGGCUUAUUUUAGAAGCUCUCAAGCAACUUUACCAGUGUGAUGCUAUUGACAGGAGAGGCCACGUGACAAGACUGGGUGAAUUCCUGGUGCAAUUUCCCCUCCCUCCCAACCUGACCUGUGCUGUCAUAAAAGCUGCUUCUCUUGACUGUGAAGAUCUGCUGCUUCCCAUAGCAGCCAUGUUAUCUGUGGAAAAUGUCUUCAUUCGUCCAGGGGAGCCUCAGAAACAGAAGGAGGCAGAACUUCGACACCAGGAACUUUCCUCACAAGUGGGAGGAUGCAAUGACUUUGCAACUCUCUUAAAUAUUUUUGAACAGUGCAAAUCAAGCAAGUCUCCUUCGCUUUGGUGCCAGAAACACUGGAUCCAUUGGAGAGCUUUGAAAUCUGCUUUUAGUGUGGAAACACAACUUCGGGAAAUAAUCAGUAAACUGAAACAGCUGCCAGACUUCCCUAAAGAAAAAUUUGAAGGGUCCAGAACUGAAAUACUAAGAAGAUGCCUGUGUGCAGGGUACUUUAUCAAUGUAGCUAGGAGAUCUGCAGGCAGGACAUUCUGCACAAUGGACGGGCAUGGCAGCAUGGUCUAUAUCCAUCCUUCAUCUACAUUAUACAACCAGGAGACUCAUCUUGAGUGGAUCAUCUUCCAUGAUGUCACAGUGACAUCCAAAAUCUAUGUCCGGACAGUGUGUCCAAUUCGCUAUGAAUGGGUUAAAGACCUGUUGCCCAAAUUGCAUCAAAUCGAUGCGUAUGAACUGAGCAGUGUGGCACGGGAAGAAGUAACUGAAGAGGAAAUAACUAAGUGGAAAUACAAAGAGGACCUUAAAAGGCAAUAUGAAGAAGUCACAGACAGUGCUGCAAAGAAGAUGGAGAGAAGGAACGAUGAUAAAUCAAUCCUGAAUGCCCGAGCUCGCUACCUUGAGAGAAAGCAGCAAAGAGCACAGGGUUUAAGCGGCCCAUUGAAAGAAAUGGGUUAAUACUGAUGGCUGCUCUAGUCCCAAUAUAAGAAAGGCCAUUUGGUGCUGCUGUUCUGGAUGUAUCUGCAUAAUGCAAAAAUGACUUACAGGAAUGAAGGAAAACUUCUGGUCUGUGGUAAGUUUGACUGCCUAUGCCUACAAGCACCAUCUUCCUUCCUGGAGUUGGCAAGGAAAAAUUACCAAGCUGAAUUGCGUUGCCACAUGUCACAGGCAACAGCUUACUGACCUUGAACGUGGAUGAAAACGUGACUCUUGCAGUGGUGCCAAUUCUGUGGCACUUCGUUGACUUAGAAAGAUCUCAGUGGUCUGGGUACCGUUAUUAAUAAAAUUUUCUUUAAGAAAGAAAAAAGUUUUUAAGGGAGUGGAACUGUCACUUUUUAAUCCAUUUUACUCCAUAUGAUGUGGUUACACAUUCUUUGUAUGCUUACUCAGGAAAAUAUAUAGGAAGUGCUCUUUUUGAUUUUAGGUCCUGAUGGUUCCAUCAUUAAAAGACAUUUGCCACAUGCAUUUUCUGUGGCAGACAGUAUUAUUCCUACUGUAUAUUGUGCUGUAGCAUGUACAGUGAUGGUUCUGGGUGAAGCUGUCUUUGUAUGCAAAGUAUUUUGUAAACAUAUCUUCACAUUCCUGCCAACAACAACACAGUUUUCGUCAGGAAUGGCUUAGCACUGUGUGGUGUUUUCUGCUUGGCAAAAAAACCAGCAGUCAAUCCAGUUCUGAGCCAGGUUACAUCCUGCAGUCCAUCAGUAGACCUGCUGCCUACUGGGCUGGUUUUUUCUGAGCUUGAUGGCUGAUAUUUUUUAAAUAUAUGGAUUUUAGUCUGAAGAAUAACUAUUCCGAAUUUGUAUAAAGAAUGCACAAAGGCAUUAAAAAAAUACUAGUUUUAUCCUUACUCUAUAGCAAAGCAAAGAGCUGUGACUCUUUGUCUUCUUACACUUUGUUUCCCUCUCAGUAAAGAGGUAAUCUCCUACAGUCAUCUUAAUAAUCCUAAAAUCUAAAUGCUUCAGCAUGAAGCUUGUCUUUCUUGCUCUGGUUUAUUUUUACAUUUUGUACAAGACAACUUCCAAAAUGCUAGAAGAACCUAGUACCAUUUUUCAUGCCUGAGCCGUGUGCAGCAGUGCAUCUCCUUCACAUGCUUUUAACUAGCUGAAGCAUCUUGGAACUUUUUUCCACGCAAUCUCUCCCUUGUGGUCCUGCUGCCACCACCAACCCUAUUAGCCUUGCGUAGAAAGGAUAAGCAGACAUAUCCUGCUGCCUUCAAUAGCUGCCCUCUCCUGUAGGCAUUCACUUCUGUUUAAAAUUGGUGUGGUACUAUCACUGACUCUGUUAAAGCAAUGUUGUAAGUAAGCCUUAGCACUUGGUGUAAAAUGUUAAGAACGUCGCCUCUGUACUGUGCAGGCUGUAGGCCUGACUAUAAGCUCUCAAAGGUCUUGGAUUCUCUUACAGGGAAUGCUAUGAAUAUUAUGGCCCUCUUUCUGUGAUUGUACCUAUUAAAA